UCAGAAAUCCAGAUUACGCUUAAAUAUUCUUUGUAAAUAUACAGAAAUUAGGAUCUCUUCUUAACUUUUUUAUCUUUAGCCAAUAAUGUGUUGCCACGAAUUUGUUUUAACAACUUUUGUUAUUUAUAAUCAUAUUGUAUACCGCUCUCAAGCUCAAAGUUUAGAGGGUUUCAAAGAUGAAAAUAAUUCAACUCAAGAAAAAUCAGAAGCAGAACCUCUACAAUUGGAUGUAUUUUCAGAAGAACAGAACCAACUGGAUUCAUCUGAAAAUUUAACACAAUCAACAGAAAGUUUGUUUGGAGAGUUAAGAGCAAAGGGCUUAUAUUACAACUUUCAAAAUAUUUUACACGAUAUAAAUAUUAAUAAGUUGAAAACAGGGUUGGUAGACCUGAUGCAUGUGCAUAACAGGUCAGAAUGGAUUUACAAUACAAGGAAAGAGUAUCAAGCGAGAGAUCGAAUACAAAAGAAGAAGAGGAUGAUAUUCAUCAAUGUAGAAUCUGUGUACAACUCAAAAAGAGAAAUGAUUACAAAGGCGGUAGCAAGGCGAUUGAGAGGUCGACAUAUGACAACGCCCCCGAAGUUCAUGAGGGAUAUCCGCCUCAUCAUAGGCACUGGCGCGGCGAGGCGAUUGUACUACUCUCUGACUAAAUACUCAACAGCCAACCAUGUGAGGCAGGUGCUGAGUACUCAUGCUGUGGUGCUUGAGAGAUACUGGCUUCAUCACGCUGCUUUCUCAAUCGGCAAACAUUUCAACACUACGGAAGAACUCCCACCUCUAGGCCAUCCAAUUUACAAAUGGCCCUCGGACCUUUUAGUUCCAGAUGUCCUAUUCUUCAUAAACGCAACCAAAACUCCUUAUGCUCUAGGAUUCAACCAACCUUACACUGAUUUCACAGACAGGUUAAUCGAAGUAUACAGAAGGGCCGAGGGGGUCAAAGUGGUUGAAUUAAACCCAAACAGGAACUACCCGAACAUUGUAAGACAGAUAAUAAACUAUGUGGUGGAAAAUUACAGACAUCAUCCAGACAUACAUGUACCAGAUUUUGAUGUUCAGCUCAACGUACAAGCAGUUGAUAUGUUGAACAAUAGAUAAC